UUUCCGCGAGCUUUUCACCACACUCAAUCUGGAAAAGUCGGCGCGAUUUAUUUCCAUCGACUUUUUUUUCCAGCGCUUUUUUUUUAACUCGACCACCACCAAUAAUUGACACUUAUUUAUCCUGCUGAGAUGUUUAAGGACUCAGGAAGGUUUGCUGGUCCCCGCCAAGAAAUUCCAUCAUCCUGAAAGCAAUUUCAAUUAUUUAUAAAGUGAAGAAAAAUUCGCUUUUUCGAGCUUUAUUAAAGUAUUUCGAGUGGUCGCUUUCAAAUGCCUUCUGAGGACUCGGCCCCGGAAACCGCCGCUCCGGAAAGCGGGAAUAAAGCGGAACCGAGUGGAGACUCCCUCAGCUCGCAGAGGGUCUUCAAGAAAUCAUCCCCUAAUAACAAGCUGACGAUGUACUUAAGUUCCCGUGAUUUGGUGGUGUCUGCAGGUAGGAUCGAUAGACUCCAAGGAGUCCUGCUAGUUGACCCCGAGUUUGUGGAGAACCGAAAAGUUUACGGACAGAUCACGUUAACGUUCAGAUACGGCCGAGAGGACGAGGAAGUGAUGGGCUUGAAGUUCUGCAACGAGGCCAUCAUGUGUCUCGCCCAGCUUUACCCGCCCCACCCCACCGCCCUUCCGCCCGAAGGUAACACGCCAUUACAGGACGCAUUACUGAAACGUCUAGGCAGCAACGCGUAUGCUUUUAGUAUGGAGAUCACGCCGCUGGCACCACCGAGUGUUCAGCUGGUACCGGCGAAGGAGUAUAACGGUGCGCCCAUUGGGACCAGCUAUGACGUCAGGGCUUAUGUGGCUGAUCGCGCCGACGAGAAGUUCCAUCGCAAGACGACGGUCCGCAUGGGAAUAAGGGUGGUGCAGCGGGCGUACGCGCCCCCCUCGCCCCACCUCUACAACCCGCGGAAUCUAUCAAAGGGAAAGAAAACGCUGUUUGGAUGCAAGAGUGCGCCGCUGGAGGUCAAGUUUCCGAAGGAGCAGCAGAACAAAGCGAGGUCGAUGGAAAUAGGGCUGGAGCAGAAAACUGACGAAACCCCGACACACGCUCCUACGAAGAAUCGGCUCCUGGCGGUGGCUGGGGACGAGGAAAGGGAUGACUCGCUGAGUGAGCCGCGAGAACCGACACAUGUUUCGUUCGGUGAGACGGUCACAAACGGCAUGGAAGUAGAAUGCGAGAAAGAGGAUAAGCCCACUGACGAUAACAUGGAUGAAGGGGAUGAAAACUCGCCUAAAUUACAGGAUUCACCAGCAGGGAAACAGCAGACCAACGGCUCGACGGAGGCCGAUAAUGAGCAACACAUCCAGGACAACUUCCGCUCCCUAUGCGGCGGCAAGCGCCCCAGUUUGGCGGCGUAUCUAGCCGGCGUCCCGCCGCCAAGCGCCGAAGUCGAGAAGCCCUUCCUCCUGAGCGAAGGCAAAGUGCAUUUGCUUGCAUCGCUCGAUAAGGCCAUUUACUCCCACGGCGAGGAGAUGCACGUUUUCGUCCAAAUAAAGAACCAGAGCAACAAGACUGUGAAGAGGAUUAAGGUCUUCGUCGUCCAGCACGUGGACGUCUGCAUGUUCUCCAACGGCAAAUUCAAAAACGUCGUCGCCAUGAUCAACUCCAAGGACAACUGCCCGGUCACCUCCAACACCAUCUACGAGCACACCUUCACCCUCCUCCCCAUCAAGAGCUCCACCAAGAACUGGAUCGCCCUCGAGGACUCCUACACCAAACAGGGCACCAGCCUGGCCUCAACCGUCACCCCCGUGACCGACAGCCCCGAGGAGCGCAACGUCUUCGCCAUCUACGUCUCCUACUACGUCAAGAUCAAGCUCCUCGUGAGCGUGAUGGGCGGCAAAGUGUCCUUGAAGCUGCCCUUCACCCUCAUGCACACCUGCACCGACUUCGAGCACGCCGAGACCCUGCCCCGCAUCUGCAAGCCGCCACCGCUCGACUUGAAGAAAAGUGAAAGUGCGGAGCCGGUGAAAGAAGGGACGUGAGAUCAAGCCGAGGUCGUGGUGGAGAUCAACAAGGACAGCGAGGUGAAGGCGGCGGCGAAGGAGAGUGAAGUGGUGUUGAGGAAGACGUCGAGUGUGCGGAACCCGAUCGAUUAUGAUAAGAUUGUGGCGGUGAAAAGUGAAAGUGAGGGGGACGAAAUGAAGGCGGAGAUUGUCAAAGUGAUGGAGGAGAAGUGCAAGGAGAAGGGGUUUAGUCUGCAUAGGGCGUUGUGUUGUCUGAGAACUAGAAGAACGUCUUAAGUCGGUGUUUGUCGUUUAGGUUUGGACUGGUGUAUGUGUAACUGUAUGGGGUCCUAUAGGGUAGCAGCACUGUGGCUAUGUAUAUAUGUAAACAGAUGUUUAGUUUUGACACUUUUUCGAGUGGGUUUGGGUUGACUUUGAACGAAUGUUUUGUACUGUCUUCUGUAGGUAUGAAUGUAGCGGUUUCCAUUCCUAUAUAACUUUAUGUACAAUGAAUUAAACAGAACGCACUAUAUGAUAAAGUCGUGGAACUAAUGCACA